AUGCGGCUUGUCGAUUCUUCAAAACUUUUAGAACUUCAAAACAAACCUACAAAUAUUAGAAAUAUUUGUAUCGUGGCGCACGUGGACCAUGGGAAGACAACUUUGGCGGACUCCCUUAUAUCCAGCAAUGGGAUAAUAUCGCAGCGGAUGUCGGGGAAGCUGCGAUAUAUGGACAGCAGGCCUGACGAGCAGGAGAGAGGUAUAACCAUGAAGAGUAGCAGCAUAGCUUUGUACCACUGUGUGGACCAGCAGGAGUACUUGGUAAACCUGAUAGAUUCACCAGGGCACAUUGAUUUCUCCAGUGAAGUGUCUACAGCAGUUAGACUUUGUGAUGGAGCUAUUGUUGUUGUGGAUGUUGUUGAAGGUGUAUGCCCACAGACAAGGCUGGUACUCAAACAAGCAUACUCAGAAAACAUCAGAGCAGUGUUAGUUUUGAACAAGAUAGACAGGCUCAUAUUAGAAAUGCAGCUUACACCAUUGGAUGCAUAUGUGCACUUGAUGCAGGUCUUAGAACAAGUUAAUGCAGUCAUGGCAGAACUGUUUACUACUGAAGUGUUUGAGAAUGAGGAGUCUACUAUGGAAAAAGAGCAACAAAAAGAAAAGGUAGAGAAAAAAGAAGACAAUAACUUCUAUGAUUGGACCUCUGCUCUAGAUGAUGCUGAUGACUCCAAUCUUUAUUUUGCACCUGAACAUGGCAAUGUAGUGUUUGCCAGCGCUGCUGAUGGCUGGGGUUUUACCAUACAUACCUUUGCUAAACUGUUUUCUGACAAACUUGGGGUGAAAGAAGAAAUCUUAAGAAAAGUCUUAUGGGGUGAUUUCUAUCUAAAUUCCAAAACAAAACGCUUCAUGAAGGGAGCCCAAGAAAAAGCCAAGAAACCUCUUUUCGUUCAAGUCAUAUUAGAUAAUCUGUGGAAUGUUUAUGAAACAGUAGCAAUGAGAAAUGAAAAGGAAAAAGUGCCAGUUAUUUGUGAAAAACUUGGCAUAAAACUAACAACAAGGGAUUUGAGACAUACAGACUCUAGAGUUCAACUUCAGUCCCUAAUGGUCCAGUGGCUCCCUUUGUCAAGUACAGUACUCAACAUGGUAUGCGAAAAACUUCCUUCGCCGAAAGAAAUUCUCCCAGAAAAGGUAGAAAAAUUAAUGUGCUCAAGAAUACGUGACUUCAAUUCCUUUUUCCCUGAAACACAGAAAUUAAAGGAAGACUUUUUAGCCUGUGAUAGUAGUGAAGAUAGACCAAUAAUUAUUUUUAUAUCGAAAAUGUAUAAUGUUGAUAAGAGUAUACUGCCAGAGAAUAAGCCUAAGGUUUUGACGGCUGAGGAGAUGGCUUUGAGAAGGGAAAGAGCGAGACAGCUGCGCGAAAAGAAGGAGAGCAAUAUUGUUGAAGCACCUGCUCCUUUAGAAGAAGACAAAAAAGAAGAUGAAGAAGUAGAAAAGACCAGUGAAGAAGACCAGCCAGUAUUCAUCGCAUUUGCUAGAAUAUUUAGUGGGAAAGUAAAGAAAGGGGCCAAGGUUUAUGUUCUAGGGCCGAAACAUGAUCCCGCCAAAGUACUUAGUAAAGACUUCCAAGUAGAUCCUAAUAAGAAACUAAAAGACUUGCAGAGUGAUGAGCAUAUCACUUGUACUGAGAUAAAAUCCCUAUAUAUUUUGAUGGGACGUGAACUAGAAAUGAUAGAUGAAGCAAUUGCAGGGAACAUUAUUGGUAUUGGCGGUUUAGAAGACCAUGUACUUAGAACGGCAACGUUAUCUAGUACUAUAGCUUGUCCUGCAUUUAGUGAGAUGCAGUACUCAGUAGUACCGAUACUGAGGGUAGCUUUAGAACCUACUUACCCUUCACAACUACCUCAAUUGGUUAAAGGGGGUAGAGCGAGAGAGAGAGAGAGAGUGAUAGAAAGAGAGAAAGAGAGAGAGAGAGAGAGAGAGAGAGAAAGAGAGAGAGAGAGAGAGAGAGAGAGUAACAGUAUUUUACUGACUAAAACCAAUCCCGUACCCGAGCGUACGGCGCGUAGCGUUCCGCGCGCGCCUCAAAGAGCCAAUAUACCACCACAGACGGGGCCCUAUAGAGCUGAUGUUCAGCCGGGCUUGCGGGGUUUAAAACUUCUUAACCAAGCUGAUUCUUGUGUGCAAGUAUUACUUCAGGAGACAGGUGAACAUGUACUAGUCACGGCUGGUAAAAUACAUUUAGAAAGAUGUCUAGAAGACUUAAAAAAUCACUACGCAAAAAUACCAAUCACAGUAUCAGAACCAAUAGUUCCAUUCAGAGAGACAAUAGUAGAACCGCCAAAAAUAGAUAUGGCGAACGAAGAAAUUGACGCCCAAAACGUUAUAGAUAAGACCACAGAUAAAGACGUAGACCCAGUUAUAACGGUUUACACAAACAACAAACAAAGUAGAAUUAAGAUUAGAGCGAAACCAAUACCGAGUGAAAUAACGGCUUUACUAGACAGAUCAACUGAUUUACUCAAAGCAAUAUCUCAACAUAUAAAAACGUUACAAGGAUUACAUAAAAAUGAUAACCUAGAAACUAAAUUCGAAGACCUACAAGUAAAUGGAACGAAGCAUAAACUAUCUGAUCGCAUGCUAAAACUGAUUCAGACUUUUAAAGAAGAAUUGCAAACUAUAUGCGUUAAAUUGAGCCCUGAAUGGAAGGAUGUGGUUAAAGAAAUAUGGUCUGUAGGCCCUAGAAAUUGUGGGCCAAAUUUGCUUCUCAAUCAAACUGGAGAUUAUAGGACGAAGUAUCUUCAUCAUGAGCAAGAGAUCAAGGAGGAUCCGAGAUUUGAGUAUGAAAGUAGUUUUGUGAAUGGGUUCCAGUUGGCUUCCUUGGCUGGGCCAUUGUGUGAUGAACCAAUGAUGGGUGUUGCGUUCUGUGUCGAAGAAUGGUCGUUGGAUAAGUCCGCUGGAGAUGAUAUGGCACACUUUGGACCUCUAACAGGUCAAAUCAUGUCAACAGUAAGGGAUGCAUGUAGAAAAGCUUUCCAAGCGCAGCCUCAGCGCCUGAUGGCAGCAAUGUACACCUGUGACAUCGUCGUCGACCAGAAAGUAUUAGGUGGGGAGAAAUAA